AGAAAGUGUAUUAUUUUUUAGUGAGUGUUAGGAUUAUUUUAAUUUUGAUAAAUCAUGAGCCGUUGGUUCAGUAAGCUAUUUUUAGUAGUUGUCCUUACUGCGUUGGGAAAGCCAGAAAGUGAAGCGGAAGACAAUGCAGACGGUCUCCAAACAAUUGAAGGUUCAGCUGGAUGGGAUUCGACGGAAUGUCAACAGUUGCAGGAUCGUCUCGAAGCCUUGGAAUCGGCCGUGAAGAGCAUCGUGUCAGCCUUGGCAAGUCAGAAGAACGAAAUAUUCGCACCGAUAACUGCAAUUCUGGAGCAGAAUGCAGCCCUGCGUGUUAUUCUAUCGUCACCUCUAGUAUCCCAAGGCGUUACUGAAAAUUCAACAAUUCAUCCUGAUUUUAGCUACAACACGACUAUCAACACAAACAAUGAAACGGACAAGGAAGAGUUUUCCUUGUCCAAUUUGACAAGACAUAUUUUUUCCUUAGCCGUUUCAUAUGCCAACUUAUAUUUGAUUGCCUUGUAUUUUCUCAACCAUUUUUUGUUUGUUUCUGUACAGUGGUUGAACUUCAGCGUGACGUAGUUUUCAAUGCUUUUGCAUCUAGUUUUUCCUCCAUACGUACCGGGGUACACUUUCUCCAUCGCAUCUAUAGAUAACACAAAUGCAUCAAAUAUACUGUACCUCGAUUUUGCUGAAGUUCUUGCUCCGGCAACGGAAUGUAGAUAUCCUCACA